GCAGCCGCGGCGGGGACUGGGGGGCUGUGCGGGGCUCGCUGUGGGGCCGUGGCGGGUGGGCUGCCGAGCGGGCCAUGGCGGGGGCUGCAGCGGGCGGCAGAGGAGGAGGUGCCUGGGGGCCGGGGCGCGGAGGGGCUGCGGGGCUCCGGCGGGGCUGCUCUCCUCCAGCCCCCGUCGGCUCCCCUCGGGCUGGGCUGCAGCCGCUCAGGGCCACGGUUCCCUUCCAGCUGCAGCAGCCGCACCAGCGGCGUGACGGGGGUAGCCGCGCAGCUAGUGUCCCAUGUUCUGUGGCCCCAGAAAAGUCAGUGUGUAGGCCUCAGCCAUCCCAGGUCCGACGUACAUUCUCCCUGGACACCAUCCUCAGCUCCUACCUUCUGGGCCAGUGGCCACGAGACGCUGAUGGGGCCUUCACCUGCUGUACCAAUGACAAGGCCACUCAGACUCCUUUGUCCUGGCAAGAGCUUGAAGGUGAGCGGGCCAGCUCCUGCACACAUAAACGCUCAGCAUCUUGGGGCAGCACAGACCACCGGAAAGAGAUUACUAAGUUGAAGCAACAGCUGCAGAGGACAAAGCUUAGCCGUGGUGGGAAGGAGAAGGAGCGGGCCUCCCCACUGCAAGGGGACCAUGCCGUGCGGGGAGCCUUAAGGACAUCUCCCCCCAGCUUCCCCUCAGGGUCCCCUGUCCUACAACUCAGCCCCUGCCUGCACCGGAGCCUGGAGGGACUCAAUCAAGAGCUGGAAGAGGUGUUUGUGAAGGAGCAGGGUGAAGAGGAGCUGCUGCGGAUCCUUGAGAUUCCUGAUGGGCAUCGUGCCCCAGCUCCUCCCCAGAGUGGCAGCUGUGAUCACCCCCUCCUCCUCAUAGAGCCUGGCAACCUUUGCAGCUCUCCCUCUGUGCACCUGGCAUCCCCACAGCCUUCUGGCCAGGUUGGCCAUGAGGAGCACCGGGGGGCAGUGGAGGAGCUGGCAGCCAUUCCCAAUGACAAAGCUUCCUCUCCAGGCCAUCCCGUCUUCCUUGAAGAUGACAGCCCGUCUCCAGUCCUUGCCUUUGCCGCCUCCCCUCGGCCCAAUCACAGCUACGUCUUCAAACGGGAACCACCAGAAGGCUGCGAGAGAGUGCGUGUGUUUGAAGAGGCCACGUCUCCAGGUCCUGAUCUGGCUUUCCUGACUUCCUGUCCUGACAAGAACAAAGUUCAUUUCAACCCUACUGGCUCGGCCUUCUGCCCCGUCAACUUGAUGAAGCCUCUCUUCCCCACUAUGGGCUUCAUCUUCCGUAACUGCCCCUCAAGCCCAGGGGCCCCCACCAGCCCCAGGCCACCACCUCGGAAGGAUCCUGAGGCCUCCAAGGCCUCCUCUCUGCCAUUUGAGCCAUGGCAACGCACCCCACCAGCAGAAGAGCCCGUGCUUUUCCAGAGCUCCCUGGUGGUCUGAUAGCCUCACCCCACUUUUAACCAUGGAGAUUAGUGCCUUGGUGGCAGGAUCCUUCCUAGCUCCCCUAAGGUGGGGGAUGAAGGAGCCCUUCCCUCUUGGCCUUUGAGCACUUUCAUUUAUCCGUGUCAAAGCCCCAGGUCCUCUUUCUGAUGGACACUGGCCCCUCUGACUGAGGGGACCUGCCUUCUCCACUAGCAGCUGGGCAGCUCACAUGUCACACCUGUGUUAUUGCAACCUUUCUCACUGGGUGGAAGACUCACCCAGAACGUCUUGCCCCCAGCCCCUAGGUUUGAGUCCAAAGGACUAUGUGUGGGGCCCUUGUCCUUGUCAUAAAGCAAGCUAGUCAUAAUUAAAGGUGAGAGGACACCAUAGAUUUCCUUCCUUCUCCUCCAUAGACAUAGGAGAGGGGACCAGGAGAGAUUUAUGCCCCUCAUUCUCUCAGCCUCCACCCCCCCACCCCCGAAUGGAGAAGCUGACCAAAGCGGCCCUAAAGGGCAUAACACUUGACCAAUCAAGCUGCUGGCAGAGGGGGGAACCAAGCAUUUUCUUCCCAAGGGCAUUUUCAUCUCGCUUUCACCCUAAGAUUGUCUUAAGCAGCAGCUCAGCCUGCCCAGCCCCAGGUGGGUAAUGGAGAGGGAGAGCUGGCAUUCCUCUAGGUGGCAAGUGGUGACUAUACCCCCUCCACCUGCCCCAGGACUGGGUUGGAUUAGAAAAAUGCCUAUUUUUUUCUUGUAUUGAUGUAGAAACUCUAUUUUCUCCCAAAGACACUAUUUUUGCAGCUGUUUGAAGUUUGUAUAUUUUCCGUAUUGCAGAGCUUACACGAAAUUAAAGAAGAAUGUUAAUGUUCAA